AUGACGUUACUGCUUAACAAUACCCAGGUCACCACGACCCGAGGGUUUCACACUGCCCAGGUCAUCACGACCCCAGGGUUUUACACUACCCGUGUCACCGUGACGUUACAGUUUCACACUAGCCAGGUCACCACAACCCCAGGGUUUUACACUGCCCAGGUCACCACGACCCUAGGGUUUCACACUGCCCAGGUCACCACGACCCCAGGGUUUCACACUGCCCAGGUCACCACGACCCCAGGGUUUCACACUGCACAGGUCACCACGACCCCAAGGUUUCACACUGCCCAGGUCACCACGACCCCAGGGUUUUACACUUCCCAGGUCACCAUGACGCUACUGUUUCACACUGCCCGUGUCACCACGACGCCAGGGAUUUACACUUCCCAGGCCACCACGACCCCAGGGUUUCACACUGCCCAGGUCACCACGACCCCAGAGUUUCACACUGCCCAGGUCACAACGACCCCAGAGUUUCACACUGCCCAGGUCACCACGACCCCAGAGUUUCACACUGCCCAGGUCACAACGACCCCAGAGUUUCACACUGCCCAGGUCACCACGACCCCAGAGUUUCACACUGCCAAGGUCACCACGACCCCAGAGUUUCACACUGCCCAGGCCACCACGACCCCAGAGUUUCACACUGCCCAGGUCACCACGACCCCAGAGUUUCACACUGCCCAGGCCACCACGACCCCAGAGUUUCACACUGCCCAGGCCACAACGACCCCAGAGUUUCACACUACCCGUGUCACCACGACCCCAGAGUUUCACACUGCCCAGGCCACCACGACCCCAGAGUUUCACACUACCCGUGUCACCACGACCCCAGAGUUUCACACUGCCCAGGCCACCACGACCCCAGAGUUUCACACUACCCGUGUCACCACGACCCCAGAGUUUCACACUACCCGUGUCACCACGACCCCAGAGUUUCACACUGCCCGUGUCACCGUGACGUUCCUGUUUCACACUACCCGUGUCACCACGACCCCAGAGUUUCACACUGCCCAGGCCACCACGACCCCAGAGUUUCACACUACCCGUGUCACCACGACCCCAGAGUUUCACACUACCCGUGUCACCACGACCCCAGAGUUUCACACUGCCCGUGUCACCGUCACCACGACCCCAGGGUUUCACACUGCCCAGGUCACAACGACUUCAGGGUUUCACACUACCCGUGUCACCGUGACCCCAGAGUUUCACACUGCCCAGGUCAACACGACCCCAGGGUUUCACACUGCCUGUGUCACUGUGACGUUACUGUCUCACACUGCCCAGGUUACCACGACCUCAGAGUUUCACACUGCCCAGGUCACCACGACCCCAGAGUUUCACACUGCCCAGGUCACCACGACCCCAGAGUUUCACACUGCCCAGGCCACCACGACCCCAGAGUUUCACACUGCCCAGGUCACCACGACCCCAGAGUUUCACACUGCCCAGGCCACCACGACCCCAGAGUUUCACACUGCCCAGGCCACCACGACCCCAGAGUUUCACACUACCCGUGUCACCACGACCCCAGAGUUUCACACUGCCCAGGCCACCACGACCCCAGAGUUUCACACUACCCGUGUCACCACGACCCCAGAGUUUCACACUACCCGUGUCACCACGACCCCAGAGUUUCACACUGCCCGUGUCACCGUGACGUUCCUGUUUCAAACUACCCGUGUCACUGUUACCACGACCUCAGAGUUUCACACUGCCCAGGCCACCACGACCCCAGAGUUUCACACUGCCCAGGUCACAACGACCCCAGGGUUUCACACUGCCCAGGUCACCACGACCCCAGAGUUUCACACUGCCCAGGCCACCACGACCCCAGAGUUUCACACUGCCCAGGCCACCACGACCCCAGAGUUUCACACUGCCCAGGUCACAACGACCCCAGGGUUUCACACUGCCCAGGUCACCACGACCCCAGAGUUUCACACUGCCCAGGCCACCACGACCCCAGGGUUUCACACUGCCUGUGUCACUGCCACCACGACCCCAGAGUUUCACACUACCCGUGUCACCACGACCCCAGAGUUUCACACUGCCCAGGCCACCACGACCCCAGAGUUUCACACUACCCGUGUCACCACGACCCCAGAGUUUCACACUGCCCAGGCCACCACGACCCCAGAGUUUCACACUACCCGUGUCACCACGACCCCAGAGUUUCACACUGCCCAGGUUACCACGACCUCAGAGUUUCACACUACCCAGGUUACCACGACCUCAGAGUUUGACACUGCCCAUGUCACCACGACCCCAGGGUUUCACACUGCCCAGGCCACCACAACCCCAGGGUUUCACACUGCCCAGGCCACCACGACCCCAGGGUUUCACACUGCCCAUGUCACCACGACCCCAGGGUUUCACACUGCCCGUAUCACUGUGACGUAA